AUGCUUUUACGCGCUGUGUCUUCAUCUAUCCUUCUAAUCGGCGGUUGUACUGAGAGACAAGAAGCUGGCGCCCUACGCUCCAUAGAAGAAGUAGCCUUUCGUCAAACUGAAUCUGGUUUGAAUGCCAGUUCUCGAAUUGUGGGUCAACUUCAACAACCACGGCGGAGUCCUGCUGUGCUUCGAGAGCGAAAUGCUGCUCUUAUAGUUGGAGGAUGCAAAGGAAAAGACUCUCAUUUGAAUAGUAGUGAACGUAUCCAGAAAAUUAACGAUCAGUGGAAAUGCGAGCCAGCACCGCUUCCUAACGCUGUAGAAGGGAGGAGCUGCGCAGCGUUCUCUAAUUUGGAUGAUUCAUCUGGUGUCAUCGUUGGUGGAUUUAAUGGUAAUGACUGCUUAAAAAGUGUGGAACUCUUUAAAAUGAACGAGAAAGAGGUUGUUUCAACAACACUAGAAAAUAUCCCUUUCCGAAUUAAAAAUGGUGUGGCAGUGUCCGUGGGAGAUGAUAGUAUCCUUUUAUUUGGUGGAUGGGAUGAAAGUCAUACGACGAAAGCAGUUUUCAGGUUAAGCUUCAAUAAACAACAUGAUUCCUAUCAUGUGGACAUGGAAUCCAUCCUACCGUAUGAUGUGGAAGGACACUGCUGUGCUAUUCAUAACGGUUACGUCUACAUUAUUGGUGGCUAUGACGGUAUUUCUGUAUUGGGUACGAUCAUCCGGUAUUCGAUUGCGGACAAAAAAUCUGAGAUACUACCAGUUCGCCUGUCCACACCCCGUGAGAACCAUGUCUGUGAAGUGGUGUUUGACCGUUACAUAGUUGUGAUGGCUGGAUGGGAUGGAAAGCGUGCGCUUGAUUCCGUGGAAGUCUUUGAAAUAGUGGAUGAACCUCCAUACCUAGUCCCAGUUAGUGUGAACCUCAAAUUAGCUCAGGAUUUCGCUGUUGGAGCUAGCGGUUACGAUCGUGAUGGGACCAUCGGUCGUGCUUUUCUCACCUUUGCAAACCGAGUGGAGCCAGCGAUGGGCUUCCUUGAUCGCAAUCUCUACCACAGCCGCCUACGCAUCUGCGCUAGGUUUAAAGGCAUCACCCCACGAAUGUGA